AGUACCUACUUUUGAUAUUUUAUUACUGAUCUUCUCGAGAGUUGUGUUCCUAAUUACUAUAAUACCUUGCCUGUUCCUUGUCAAUUGAGCAUAUUUUUGCCCGCCUACGGGCUGAGCCGGCUCGCCCGUCACUGUUUUCCCGAGUUAAUCUGUCCGCUACCGCCCGCUGAGUUUGGUCGCCUGGUAGAUGAACUCCAUAUUAUCCGACAUUAUCCCAGUCACUUAAUAAUCCAAAUGGAAUAUAAAAAAAUAAUAAUUGUAUUUUCCGUAUGUGUAACAUACGUUUUGGGUUACAAUUAUAAUUUAAAUUAUGAUCCUUAUUUCCCAAAUAAUAAUUACUGCAAUGAUUUGUCUCCUUAUUACGGAAAUAUAAGUUUGGAUCUUAUUUCCGGCGUUUGGUAUGGAGUCGAAAAAAUACCUCACAAUAAAGGCGAAUACAAAAUAGACUACACUAAGGAGUGUUUCUACAUUGACAUAAAGGAGGAACAUGUUCAGCCAACUCCUCCUACGUAUCCGCCGCUGGCCUAUACGUACUUGAGCACAAGUUACGGGUUCAACCAGCCCGAACACUACCGGAUGAGGUACUUCGUCGUCGAGUGGCACGAGGGCCUGUUUCGAAGCGACUACCACGUCAAAGUUAACACUUCACAUAUGGGCUUCUGGAUAUCGAAUGUACCCAGCACAGCCGUAGAAAACAUGUACCGUUAUUUCGGCGGAGUAAUUCAGGUACUAAAGGUAGCCAAUAACCAUUUGGUCCUGAACUUCUGCCAGACGAUGCCCCAUCGGGAGUUCUACAGCGUGGUGUUCUCAAGGAAUGAAAAUCAGCUCACGCCCGAGGACCUGUCGAGCAUUCACAGCAUCUUUACGACCAAACAUCUCUCCACCUCGGCCUUGAAGCGAGUUUGCGACAAUUCAGGGACAGCGCUUCAAUUCUCGGUCGUCAUGUUACUACUGACCAGUUUGUUAAUAUGGAGGUCUGAUGCAUAUUAGAUAACGGUUAUGCAACUAUAUAUAUAUAUGUGUUAAAUAAUGUGGUUGUACAGUGUGUUUCCAAGCAUGUAAAGCGUGUUUUUAUAUCCGACGUACUAAAAUGUCAAUUAUUAUUUACUGCUCAAGCACACAAAUCGGGUAGCAUCGGGGCAUAUAAAAUAUUACGGAUGGGUGACUUUUCUGUGGACCUUUUGAAAGUUGAUAUGAUAAAGAAAUGAUAUGGGUAUACUUUUAUAAAAUAUUCAUUAAGUAAAUAGAUUUAAAGAAGUAAAAGGUUCACAUACCUAUAAGGGUCCAGCAAAUAUUUAAAAUAAGCAUUAAAAGUCCAUUUAUUUUAUGAUGCUCACAGGAAAGAUGCAUAAUCUCAACUCUUGCUAAAAAAGUUUUUGAGCCACUUGUUUCUUUCACGAAAGAAACAAAGGGCCUACACGAAAAUUGAAAUUUCGUUAUUUGCCUCUCUAUCUUUCGAAUAUGCAAGAGUGAUAGAGAGGCAGAUAGCGAAAUUUAGGUUUGCAUAUAUCGCGGUAGGCCCUCAGUAUGGUAGCAUUACUUGUGAGGUGUCCGAAUUUUAGUAAGAAUUGUUGUUUUCAAAUUCGCUGGUACCUACCGGUCUGAUAUAGACUCUUUGCGGAAAGAGAAGAGUUGUGCAAUGUAUGGGUAUCGAUACAUUCUAUGACUAUUCUCUUUUCGCACAGACUCUAUACUACCCGUUAUAGCUAUUAGCCAUACAUUUACGGGACAUUGCAAGUCCAGUUAGUUAAAGAAUUAAAACUAUGUAUAAUUAAUCGAUUUGCUCCGUAGUUACUUUUGCUAAUUUGACGCAAAAGAUUACCUAUUUAUUUAUAACUCGAUGACAGCACCUACCGCGAACCACGAACGAAGUUUUGCCUCUCUGUCGCACUGACGUACAAAUUUACAAGUGCGUCAGAGAGGGAAAACUUCGUUCGUGGUUCGCCGUAGGCCCUCAACACUGCUCCGAACAGGUACAAAACUGUAUUAUUUGUUCCUUCGUGUUUCCAAGUUUUUUUUUGCUUCUCAAAUGUGGUGCAUAAAUUGCAUAAUUCUAAGAUUUAUUUUAUUUUAUUUGGUAAUGUGAAUUUUCAUAUAUUUUCCGAUAAUAUUUAUAAUUGUUUAUAAUAAAAGUGUUUUAUUCCUUCG